GGGAGAGAGAGCUUUCGCAACGGCAGCCGUAGUUUACGGGACGACGCCGAGCCUGAACCUUUUCGCCACGAGCAGGCAGUUGGAGCUGGUCGGAUUCAGAGGAUCCUCGGAAUACUUGGGUUACGAAAAGGCGACGAUCUUCGAGAACAGCGCGGCCAGUGGAGUGUGUGUGCUAGCCUUACCUGUUGACAUUUAUUAGCAUUGGGCUUCCUCCAAGAACGACCUCCUGAACGUCUUGGACACAACCUCGGAGUAUCGUCCCCAACCAUCGCUGCUUCUAAGACAAGACUAACUUGAGUAGCAGAUACAACGACCAGGACCUGUCCUACCUCAAGUUUCGACAUCCCAUCAUCUAGAACCUCGCCGACAUCUUGAAGAACGAUUUCAAUGCGGAGGAUUAUCCUGCAUUUUUUUCUUCUUUGUUCCCACAAUAGCCAGUGAGUCUAAGUACCAGCACCAUUCAGCGGGAUUAGGACAAGUCUUUCCCAGAAGUCCGACAUCAUUAUCCAACGGAACCUCUUCGCAUCCUUGAGCCUGUACACCAGGUCAAGUAUCAAAAACCGACUGCACUGCACAUCCUGCACCAUCAGGUAUCGUGUCUUGAAGCAGUUGACUGAGCAAGUCAUCUGUUGUCAGUCAUGGACCGUUCCUGCAGAAGACCGCCCACGUCCCGUCAGAUGUUGGACUGACUGCCACGAACAAACGGUACCCAGCAGUGUAGCUGUGUUUGGUCACGUGAGAAAGGGACCUUGUGACGUCAUCGCUCUGCUAGACAACGUCGAGAUAGAUUGUGCAUUGUGUAGGCAGUGCCAUCUGGUUUAUCGUAGUUGUGAUUGACAGGUGCAAACACUCCAGAGGUGACAUCUGUGACCGAGUUCCCUUCUGACCGCAUCUCUUCGCUACAACUACUCAUCGGCUUCAGUCAUCAAAUGUGUUCAGUUCAAUCAUAUGCAAGCUUCGUGUGAAUUCUGCUGAAAUUAAUUUCGAGCUUAGUAAGGAACAGUCUCCUGAAGCUUGCAACGUCGGCGAGCAACAAAAACGGGUGUGGUGUGACUUGGUGGAUAAGAGCUUAUAAUAUAGUUACAUCAGUAGUCAGCGCACACGGUGUCACAAUCGUCCGGUGUUGAAAGUUCACCCUUACCUGACACCAUCACAAGAUAACUCCUCUCAUUCAGUCAGAGUACUGUAAAAAAAACUUUGCAUCUGCACAGUCCCCCACCAUCAAGGGCUCAAAACAAACGGUCACACUAGCUCCACUCUGAGAGGACAACAAUUUCUCAUCUGGCCGAAAAACCGACCAAGUUCCUGCAGCUAUUCACGGAUACGGGGAUAACCCGAGGAUAACCCGGCAUUUCCUCCAGUCUCUGUCACGGAAAGUUACGUCGAGAACAUCUGGGCAAACAACCCCAACACGGCUUCGACCACGGCUGCGGACGGCGCUCUGACAGGGGCCCACAUGGCUGCUGCGGCUGCAGCUUCGGCUAAUCCGGCUCCAGCCGCGUUACAACUGGCUUUGGAUCCGACUAUGCAGAUGUUUCCCCGGCUCAUUGACCGCCAGACCAUGAAUCUCUUCGGCUUUCCAGCCAUCAUGCCUCAGGUGAGUCCUUGGACACAUGCUUCUGCCGUCCUGCAGUCCGGCGGCGCUGGGGUCGGACAUCAGGUCUUCUCCGCCGCCAACCCGGGAAAUCAGCACAUGGUGCAGACGCAGAUGGCGUCUAGCUACCCCCAGUACGUCGCCCAAAAUGGCGGCGAGCGACAGGACACCAAGGACGGCUCAUUCGCCCUGCCCAUCGUCACCACCAACGGGGUGGAGCAACAGACGAUCGUGAAACAGAAACUGUCGGCCGACGCAGGCGCGGCCUUGCGCAUGCGCAUUGCUUACCUCGAGCAGCCAGGCACUCUCGAAGCCAGGGACCUCGCCGGCACAGCCGUCGACAAACAAACGGACCUGGAGCCCGACGGCGCCGGCGGAGCAGCGGGCGUCGUCCUGACGGGAGCCCAGGUGGCCAAUGCCGCCAACGCCGUGGCGGUGGCGGCGGCGGCCGGAGCUGCCGAAGCGGCCAAGAACGGCCAGCCCAAGCGGCUGCACGUGUCCAACAUCCCCUUCCGCUUCAGGGACCCCGACCUGCGGCAGCUCUUCGGGCAAUACGGGGCUAUUCUCGACGUGGAAAUCAUCUUCAACGAGCGAGGUUCCAAGGGCUUCGGUUUUGUCACGUUCGCAACUAGUGCGGAUGCGGACCGAGCACGAGAGCAAUUGAACGGCACAGUUGUCGAAGGCAGAAAGAUCGAGGUAAACAAUGCGACAGCGCGGGUACAGACCAAAAAGACACCGACGAUACCCAACGUGGCUGCUCUGAGAGGCGUUGCGAUUCAGAGGGGAAGAGCGCGAGGUGCCGCUGCUGCCCCCUUCGCCGCCGCCUUUGCCAGACAUCCCUCACCACUAACUGCGGCCGCCGCGGCCGCCUCAGCCCUGCAUGGUUACACUCCGGUGUACCAGGAUCCCUUCCUAGCCUACGCAGGGGCUGAGAGGUACCAGUUACCGGCCACAUAUGCAGCGAGUGCGGCUUACACUGCAGCCGCAGCGCGAAGUUAUGCGGCGGCCGCGGCAGCAGCCCAACCGGCGGUGGCCUCAUACACCGCUGUGGCCGGGUCUCCCUCGCUCUACUACAGCUAUGGGCGGGAGUAUGCAGACCCCUACCUUGGCCACAGCAUAGGCCCUGUUGCCGGCUACGGGACUGCGGUGUACAGGAGUGGCUACAACCGCUUCACUCCGUACUGAGGGAGCUCAUGGAGCAGCUACGCCGGGAGGAGGGAAGAGAGAGCAGAAGACUCUUCCCCCUGUCGGAUCAACAACAGCGUCACCCCGUCGUCCCCCUCCCCUCCGCCCUCUGCUACGGGGCGCGCUCUCUUCCUUUCGGGCACACCCGCCUCCUCGCGUGUGGAACCCCCAUCGGUCCACACGGCUCGGGAGCGAGAAGAAAACUCCAAAGUUUACACUGCUCCCUCCCCUCCCGUUUCUUCUUUGUUGUUUUUUGUCUCCAAGGGAGAGGGAGAGAAUGUAACUCUUCCCCCUUUAUCCCCAACUUUGUAUGCGCGUAUGCCCCCCUCUCCCCUUUCUCCCCGUCAUAUCCCCCAAGUCGGCAUUUCGUCUGCCCGUUUUUUGUCCGUGUGUUCAGUCUCGUUUUGCAUACUCGUCGGGGGCCGUUUGCGUGAACCGGCCUUUUUGGGGCCUGGUUUCAGCGUAGUCAGUUUCAUUGGGGUCUGUUUCGUUGGAAUCCAGUUCGUCGGGGCCAGUUUCGUUGGAAACGUUUUCGUAGGAAGCGUUUUCGCCCGUAAUGGUUUCGUCGGGGGUGGUCCCAUUUUUUUUCUUCUCAUCAUUUCGGUUCAUCGUUGAUCUGUUUGCGUCGUCCCCACAUGAGGGGUGCACGCCCUUUCGUCGUGUCCGCGUCUUGCCAUAGCUUGUGCUAGUAUUUAAUUUUUUAGGUGCCUCUUCGGAGUCAAGUUGUUGCAGUCUGCUCGUACAUUGCGCCGCGAGCUCCUCGUGGCACUUUCCUUUCCCCCUUCCCCCCUAUGCUCAUUUGCCGCGAGUUUUCCCCGUCGCGUUUUCGUUGCAACCUCUCUUCGUUUACGUCUCGUGUUUGCACGUGUGUGUCCUUUUCUUUUCUUCUUUGUCCUCUCAUAUCGAUCAUUCGACCCGCUGGCUGGCCAAUGAACGUGCAGGCAGGGCAGAUUCUGACGGAGUUUUCGUGAGUCGAGAGAGGCGAGGCGGCGACACUGAUUUUGUGGCUCGUUCUAGGUAAAUUGAAGCAAAAAGUCUGUGUUUCUGGAACGGGUCGUUCGCCUCAAGGUCAAUAAGAGCGGGAAUCAGCAGAGGAGCCCCUUGUCAUGCCUGUAUGUCGGAACUCAUCGUCGGGUGAGCUUGCAACGUCGGAGGUUUGGCACGGUUCGUACGCAGAUGCUGUGCACGCAUCGUGCCAAUUGAAAAGCUCACCGACUGAAAAGGAAAAAAAAAAAGGGGGUCAAGGUCUGUCAGUCGCCAUUGUCGCCAAAGAGCAUAAUACUCUGCACAAGACACAAGCACACACGGCCCGACACGUUUGUACAUAUUUAUCGUAGUUGAGUCCUGCCCCUUGCCUAAGCUAUCCACCCCCUCGUUGUGUCAAAAAGCUCAAGCUUUUCUCCACUGUCGUUCCGUCGUUCAUUUCCUUUUCCUCCUCCCCGCGAUGUCUCGGCGACGCCCGGACCUUAACCAAGCCGCCUUUCUUCCAUUUCCCCCCCUGAUUGGGAAAAAUUGCCCCUUUUUUCUGCCUCGUUUUCCCGACUGUUUUGUUGCCACCGCUUCGUCGGAAGCAGUUUUGUCGGAAACCACAUUCGUUAAAAACUACUUUAGUUGGAAACAUUUUUCAUUGGAAACCUGUUUCAUUGCAAGCAGUUUCAUCAGCAGUUGCAACGAGUUGCAUUUUGAAAGCGUCGGGCACCCCGCUCGUGGCCGGCGUCCGCUAGUUGCGUGAUCUAGUCACGAAUCGUAAUUUAAAUUCUCUCUUGGGUGCGGCGGAUUCGCAGAGUUCCGAGCCUCGCCGGCAAGGUCUGUUCUCUCUCGUCAUUGGCCGACCGUUGCCAAGCUCCGCCUUCCCGACUGGUUCGUGGUAGUUUUUGUUGUUUUUUUCUUCCGCCUGUAAUAUUUGCGACGUGUCGCGUCCGUUUGUAAUCCCCCUCAUUUGCGAAUCGGUUUCAUCUGUGCAUUCUUCGGAGGGUGCACGUGUGAUGUUCACCAUUUUCUCAAAGUUCAUCUUUUAAUUGAGUUUUUUUUUUUUUUUUUUUUAUUAUUAUUAUUUUGUGUUUUGUGGAUUCUUAGGUUGGGCACGACACCGGGUCAACACGCGGGUCUGGGUUUCUUUGUGUUUUUUUUCUUGGAAUCGC